AUGACAAAUGCUAUCGAAUCGUGUGACGAACAGGUCUUGGUAACUGAUGUUAAUGAGGUUAAGAUGCCGCUCGCCAUCGUUAGAGAACAUCUUGUGCAACAAGGGGUCUUGCACGAACUUCAUGAUUUUUGUUUGCAGUGUUCCUCCAAUCCAAAGGAGUGUGCCAAGCUGAGGAAUGAGAUUCAAGAGCUGAUGGAUGAAGGUAUUCUUAGAGUGGAAAGAGUUGUUUCUGAUGAAGAUGUGGCUACUCUAGAAAUCCCUUACUAUCCUGCUGAUGUGUCAAAGGCUCAAGGCACCCCUUUGAUUAUUCAUGCUUCGAGUACUCCUUUGGUUAUUCAAGCUCCGAGAACUCCGUUGGUUAUUCAGGCUCCGAAUGCUCCUCUGGUCAUCCAUUCCCAGGCUCCUUCAAUUUCAUCUCCCGCUUCCUCUUCAGUGGGUGAUUCUAAGGCCGUUCCUUGGAGUUAUAAUGCCGUGUAUAUUCAAGGGAAAAAGCAUGAUUGUCCUCCGGUAGGUAACUCGAAUGUCACUAAUAUUGCUGGGACUAGUGGCAUCACUCGUAGCGGUCGAAUCUUUGCUGCUCCAUCUCCACCUCCCAAAGAGACCAACAAGGAUGUUAAUGCACAGACAAAGGGGAAGCAAGUUGCUAUUGAUCCUCCUGAGCCCCGUACUGCACAAGACGCUGAACAACUUCUGAGAAUUAUUAAGAAAAGUGACUACAAGUUUGAAGGGGUUGUGACCAAUAUUGUUGCCGGUAAUUGUUUGGGAUUUUGUGAUGAUGAACUUCCACCUAAGGGCAGAGCACACAACAAGGCGUUGCAUAUCUCCAUGAGAAGGUCUGUGGAAGGGGAAAUUGACUUGCCUGUCAAGAUUGGUCCUCACACCUUCUAUAUUGCUUUCUACGUUAUGGAUAUUCGUCCAUCGUAUACUUACCUCUUGGGUCGUCCUUGGAUCCACGCUGCUGGAGCUGUGACAUCCACCCUUCACCAGUGUUUGAAAUUUGUUGUGGGUGACAAGAUCGUUGUGAUCACUGGUGAAGAAGAUUUGGUAAUCAAUAAUCUAACGACAUAUUGUUAUGUGGAGGUAGAAGGGGAAGUGCAAGAGACACCUUUCCAAGCCUUGGAAAUCGUGUCAAUCGAUAGACUUCCUGUGGUCGAAAGCAAGAGGGAACCUGGAGCACCCCUCUCGUCCUUAAAUGAUGCCAAGGCUUUCCUAGAAGCUGGUGUUCCCCAGGGUGCUUGGGGAAAGCUGAUCGAGGUUUACGAGAAGCGAGACAAAUAUGGUCUUGGAUACCAACUAUCUCCUUCCACUCAGUUCAGCCCGAUCCAUGGAAAGAAGGUGAUCCCUCCAAUCUCUCAGGUGUUCGUCAGUGCCAGUACUAGUUCUGAAGGUCAGGUUCUCGCCGCGGAUGAUGAUGGUGAAGAAGAUCUCUCCAGAUUCAUUUGCCAAGCUGCGCCCGGACAGGAACUCAGCAACUGGACCAUAAUGGACGUCCCCAGAGUCACUUUUAUGGAGAUGUAA